UGGGAGAAAAAGUGAGAUAGAAGAAAAAGGAAAGCAGGCGACAAUUGUCUCUCUCUCUCUCAUGUGAUGUUUGGACCAAGUCCUUCUUUUUCAUUUUUAAUUUAAUUUAAUUAGGGUUUUAGCUUUCCUAAUUUUCCCUCUCUCUCAUUUCUCCCCUAAAUUAUUAUAGAUAGAUACACUACACUAUAUCUAUAUAUAUAUAUCUAAAGCACAGUUUGAAGAUGAAAUGAGAUAGCUUUAUGAAUCACACUUCGAAGAUCUGUCUUCUAUUGUAGUGAAAUUUUGAAACUUGAAAUGAGUUGAUACUUUUGGUCAAAUUUGGGUCAAAGUUGGCUGCUUUAAGGUGAAUUUGAAAUUUCAAAGUGAAGAUCUGUGGUUUAUUGAAGUGGAUUUGGUCAAAUUUGGGGAAAAGUAAAGGGAAGUGUUUGGAUAGUGAGAGAUUAGGUUAAUUUGGACAAAAUGCAAGAAGUCAUGUGAUGGUUUAUUGCCUUUAAAGUGGAGUAUUAUUGAUACAAGUGUGUCUAGUGUAACUUUUUUGAUAUUUGAUGUUGAGAUAGUGUGGAAAUUGAUCAAAUAACAAAAGGAAGAAGGAUAAUAAAAGUGACUAGUGUUUGUUUUUCGGGUCCCCGGCAUUUAUAAGUUGUAGUCGGUAGUAGGGACCUUAUAUCGAAAAUGAUUGAUACUUUUUCGGGUAGAUGAUUGUUAUCACCUUUUUGUGAUUAUAGUUAUUUAGUAACCAAACCAAACUAGUUGCUUACUUGUUUUUUAGUUGGUUAGGAAGGGAUAUUAAUAAUGGCAAGUGAUGGAGCGGGUCGUUUCAAGUCAAUUAAAUCGUUGCCAGGAGAUUAUAGGUUUUCGGGGUUGGGUGAGAAAGUAAAGUUGAAAGGGAGUGAUAAUAAUAAUAAUAAUAGUAGUAGUAGUCUGAUGUCUGUAACUAUACCAGAGAAUGGUGGUGGGAAUAUUGAUCGGGUUGUUGAUGAUGAUUCGCCGUAUGGUCAGAGAUCGAGUUUUGCAAUGAAUGAGGAUAGAGUUUUGGAUGAUGAUGACGGCGAUGAUGUUAAUCCAUCGGUUUCUCCUCAAGGAUCUGUUUUGCCUUCAUGGGGUAACAAGAAAUGGGGUGAUACUGCUUCGUAUGUUGCUAAGAAGAAGCUUCAGUCGUGGUUCCAAUCAUCUGAUGGGAAUUGGGAGCUGGCGAAGAUUCUGUCUAUUACAGGCACAGAGUCACUCAUCUCAUUUUCUGAAGGAAAAGUAUUAAAGGUGAACUCGGAUAGCCUGUUACCUGCAAAUCCAGAAAUCCUUGAUGGUGUGGAUGAUCUCAUGCAACUAAGUUAUUUAAACGAACCAUCAGUCUUGUACAAUCUUCAAUACAGAUAUGAUAGAGACAUGAUCUAUUCAAAAGCAGGGCCAGUUUUAGUUGCCGUCAAUCCCUUUAAGAAAAUUCCGUUGUAUGGGAGUGAUUAUAUCGAAGCGUAUAAGAAUAAAUCCACAGAUAAUCCUCAUGUAUAUGCUAUUGCUGAUACAGCUAUCAGGGAAAUGAUUAGAGAUGAAGUGAACCAGUCUAUUGUUAUAAGUGGUGAAAGUGGAGCCGGGAAAACUGAAACUGCAAAGAUAGCAAUGCAAUAUUUGGCUGCUCUUGGAGGUGGUAGUGGAAUAGAAUAUGAGAUACUGAAAACUAAUCCAAUUUUGGAGGCAUUUGGUAACGCGAAAACAUCUAGAAACAACAACUCAAGUCGCUUUGGAAAGUUGAUUGAAAUUCAUUUCAGUGAAACUGGAAAAAUAUCAGGAGCCAAUAUUCAAACAUUUUUGCUUGAAAAGUCAAGAGUUGUUCAAUGCACAGAGGGAGAAAGGUCAUAUCAUUCAUUUUAUCAGCUUUGUGCAGGAGCUCCACCUGCUCUUAGAGAGAAAUUAAACUUGAAGAGUGUGCACGAGUACAAAUAUUUGCAGCAAAGCACUUGCUAUUCAAUUAACGGCGUAGACGAUGCUGAACAGUUUCGCAUUGUAGUGGAAGCCCUAGACGCUGUUCAUGUUAGCAAAGAUAAUCAAGAAAAUGCAUUUGCAAUGCUUGCAGCAGUGUUGUGGUUAGGAAAUGUUAGCUUUACGAUUGUCGAUAAUGAAAAUCACGUGGAGCCUGUGAUUGAUGAAGCUCUGCUAAAUGUCUCUAAGUUGAUUGGGUGUGAGGUUGGUGAUCUAAAGCUUGCUUUGUCUACUCGGAAAAUGAAAGUCGGCAAUGAUAACAUAGUUCAAAAGCUAACUCUAGCCCAGGCGAUUGAUACAAGGGAUGCGUUGGCAAAAUCAAUAUAUUCUUCUUUGUUUGAUUGGUUGGUGGAACAAAUCAACAAGUCACUUGCUGUAGGGAAACGUCGUACAGGAAGAUCUAUUAGCAUUCUUGAUAUUUAUGGAUUCGAAUCAUUUGAUGUCAAUAGUUUUGAGCAGUUUUGCAUUAAUUAUGCAAAUGAGCGAUUGCAGCAACACUUCAAUAGGCACUUAUUCAAGUUAGAGCAGGAGGAAUAUAUCCAAGAUGGUAUUGACUGGGCAAAAGUGGAUUUCGAAGACAAUCAAGAUUGUCUCAAUCUCUUUGAAAAGAAACCAUUAGGACUACUGACUCUGUUAGAUGAAGAGUCCACAUUUCCAAAUGGCACAGACAUGACAUUUGCUGCCAAGCUAAAACAGCAUUUAAAGCCUAAUCCGUGUUUUAGAGGAGAGCGAGGCAAAGCAUUUACUGUUCAUCAUUAUGCGGGAGAAGUCAUGUAUGAUACAAGUGGGUUCUUGGAGAAAAAUCGUGAUCUAUUGCAUCUUGAUUCCAUCCAACUUUUAUCUUCAUGCACAUGUGAACUUCCACAGGCAUUUGCGUCAAAUAUGCUUUCUUUAUCAGAAAAGCCUGUUCUCGGACCAUUACAUAAGUCAGGUGGAGCAGAUUCCCAGAAGCUUAGUGUUGUUACCAAGUUUAAGGGACAACUUUUCCAGUUAAUGCAACGUUUGGAGAGCACAACACCACAUUUUAUACGUUGUAUUAAACCUAACAACUCACAAUCUCCUGGAAUCUAUCAUCAAGGACUUAUAUUGCAGCAACUGAGAUGUUGUGGUGUUUUGGAAGUUGUUCGAAUAUCAAGGUCUGGAUUUCCAACAAGAAUGUCCCAUCAGAAAUUUGCAAGAAGGUAUGGUUUUCUUCUGCUAGAGCAUGUUGCAUUGCAAGAUCCAUUGAGUGUGUCAGUUGCCAUUCUUCACCAGUUUGAUAUUCUUCCUGAAAUGUAUCAAAUUGGCUACACAAAAUUGUUCUUCCGAACUGGACAGAUUGGUAAGCUUGAGGAUACAAGGAACCGUACUCUUAAUGGUAUCUUGCGUGUUCAAAGCUGCUUUAGAGGUCACAAAGCUCGUCAAUAUAUGAAGGAGCUUAAACGAGGAAUUUUCAAUCUUCAGUCGUUUGCUCGUGGUGUAAAAACUAGAAAGGAGUUUGCAAUACUACUCCAAAAACACAGAGCGGCUGUGCUUAUACAAAAGCAGAUCAAGUCAAAAAUAAGCAGGAAAAGAUUUGAAAACCUUUAUGGCGCAUCAAUAAUUUUACAAGCUGGUAUUCGUGGCUGGCUGGUUAGGAGAUGCUCAGGGGAUAUUGCGUUACUUCAAUUUGGUUCUGGAAAGGGUAAUGAAUCUGAUGAAGUGCUAGUGAAGUCGUCAUACCUUGCUGAACUACAACGAAGAAUCCUUAAAGCAGAAGCCGGGUUAAGAGAAAAAGAAGAGGAAAACGACAUUCUUCACCAACGUCUUCAACAAUACGAGAGCCGUUGGUCAGAGUAUGAGCUUAAAAUGAAGUCAAUGGAAGAAGUAUGGCAAAAACAAAUGCGUUCGCUGCAAUCAAGCCUUUCCAUAGCAAAAAAGAGCCUCUCACUUGAUGAUUCCGAGAGAAAUUCAGAUGCUUCAAUCAAUAUAACAAAUGACGAAAGUAACCCCAACUGGGAUUCAAAUGGUAGAAGAAAUGGUCUUGAAAACUUGAGACCAAUGAGUGCGGGCUUGAGUGUGAUCAGUCGAUUGGCUGAAGAGUUUGAGCAGAGGAGUCAGGUGUUUGGAGAUGACGCAAAAUUCUUGGUUGAGGUGAAGUCAGGUCAAGCUGAGGCAAACUUGAACCCAGAUCAUGAACUUAGAAGAUUGAAACAAAUGUUUGAAGGGUGGAAGAAAGAUUACACUGCAAGGUUGAGAGAGACGAAGGUAAUUUUGAACAAGCUAGGACACGAAGACGGGGAUGGCGAGAAAGGUAAAAAGAAAUGGUGGGGAAGGCUUAAUAGUUCGAGGGUUAACUGAGUAUAUGGGUUUCUAUACAUGGUAUAUAUAACAAGUCUCUAAGGCUCUUCUUGGUUUGUGGCUCAUAGAUAUCUAUUUUGUCGUGUUUGGGAGGUCGACACUCGCAAACAAGUAGAAUGCUUGCAGAGUGAAUGAGUUGUUUUAGUUCAUUGUGUAUCUAAACAAUACUACGUGCAUCAGUUUAAUCAAAGGAUUUUGAUUUGAUUGGUUUUUA